UAAAAAAAAUGGAAUUGUCGCACAGGGUAGGAUCGAAGGAAGGAAGGUUCCUGAUGUAACUGUCACGCACUCCCUUUUCCAAUGUUCCUACUACAUAAGCCACUCCACCCCUCCCGUCAAUCUCAAUUCUCAAUUCUCAAUCUCCAACCUUUCUUUCUUUCUUUCAUUCCUUACUCACUCACUCACCAUAACCUCCAUUAAGCAGCAACAUGUGUGGCGGUGCCAUCAUCGCUGACUUCAUACCCCGCCGCGGAGGCCGCCGCCUCACCGCCUCCGAGCUCUGGCCAAACUCAUUCGCCGCCAAGGACGACAUCCAUUACGCCAAUCCACAAUCCUCGACUCCCAAAGCGAGGGAGCAAGUGGAGAAGCCAGUGAAGAGGCAGAGGAAGAAUCUGUACCGUGGGAUCCGCCAGCGUCCCUGGGGCAAAUGGGCCGCCGAGAUUCGCGAUCCAAGAAAAGGGGUUCGUGUCUGGCUCGGUACCUUCAACACCGCCGAAGAAGCUGCAAGGGCCUACGACCGCGAAGCCCGAAAAAUCCGCGGCAAAAAGGCCAAGGUCAAUUUCCCCAACGAGGAAGACCAAUUCUCCAUGCAACCCCCUAAUCCAACUCCCCCGCUUCCUUUUCACAACCCUCCCCUCUAUCACCACCACUACCCUUGUGACCUCAACGAUGCCCCCAAAAGCCUCAACUUUGACUUCGGUUACGAUCUCAACCACGCUGGGGUAUUUCCUUCCAAUGCUGACAACGUUGCUGCUUCCGCCGAUGAACAUUCUGGCCUGGCGUCGGGGUCGGAGGGUGCUUAUUCCACCACGGACUUCAUGGGCUCCGCUCCGAACGAGAGCGCUUAUUUGGGUGGCGCGGCGCUUGCCAAAGAGAAAGAGACGCACGUGAUUGGAGGUGAAGAGGAGAAGAACAAAGUGCUGGAGCUUUCUGAGGAGCUGAUGGCGUACGAGAAUUACAUGAAGUUUUAUCAGAUUCCGUACUAUGAUGGACAAUCCACGCCACCGAGUCAUGUUCAGGAAAGCCUUGUCGGGGAUCUCUGGAGUUUCGAUUAACAAGGAAAGGAAUCGUGGAUUCUUUUCAUGCAUGGCUUUGUUUUUCCGUCAAUAUCAAUACUGUCAAAGUUUUUCCCCCUUCUUGUGACUAACAUUUCGCAUGGAUGGACACAAUUGUAAAUGGGUUGUGCUUCGGUCGUUUCAAAUGCUCUCCUCAGUUUCCAAUCUCUUUUUUUGGUUUUUGCUAUUUUUUUAUUAAUUUAUAUUUUUCUAGAAUUUAUGGUUAUCGUCUAGUUUUGUUGAAUUUUAAUUGUAAUUUUUCUUUUGGGUAUGUUGAACUGUAACUUGACCGGUAAAGUUAAUGGUGUUUGAAUUUUGAUUACAUUUUUAAGUAUAUUUCGUUCAACUUA